CUCUUCCAGUCAUCAUUGAAACAUCUUCAAAUAAAUCUAGGUCAAAACGGCCAGCACCCCUUUCACAAUGUCUGACGAUGAUGAUUUCAUGCAGGAUUCUGGCGACGAGGAAUAUGACUUCGAAUACGAAGACGCCGACGAAGACGAGUCCGGUGAUGUUGGGAUCGAGAACAAAUAUUAUAAUGCCAAGCAAUUAAAGGGAGAUCAUCCCGAAGAGGCCAUCGAUGAGUUCUUGGAGAUACCUGCCUUGGAAGAGGAGAAAGGAGACUGGUAUAAUGCCGCCUAGGCCUUUGGGAUUCUGGUGAAUCGUCUUGGGUGCUGACUUUGUCUUCAGGGGUUUUAAGGGACUGAAACAAGCCAUCAAAUUGGAAUUCAGCCUCGGAAGAUAUGGUGAUGUAGGUGGACGGCCUUCUCUUUCUUCAAGCCAUUCAUUAGCAUGGAAAUUGCGCUGAUGGCUGUUCUGGUGAUUCUACUUAGGCCGUCGAACACUACUGCGAGCUGCUCACAUAUGUCCGAUCAGCUGUCACACGUAACUACUCAGAAAAGUCGAUCAAUAACAUGCUUGAUUUCAUCGAAAAGGGCUCAGACGACGCGACCGCCUAUCAGUGCAUGGAGCAGUUCUAUUCCCUGACUCUCGAUGCCUUUCAGAAUACCAACAACGAGCGUCUAUGGCUGAAGACAAAUCUUAAACUGGCUCGGCUUUGGCUGGAACGCAAGGAGUAUGGGCUGUUGAGCAAAAAAGUUCGGGAAUUGCACAGAGCGUGCCAGCGUGAGGAUGGCUCGAAUGACCCUAGCAAGGGAACCUAUCUCCUUGAACUAUACGCCCUGGAGAUACAAAUGUACGCGGAGACGAAAAAUAACAAACGGCUUAAGGCACUGUAUCAGCGCGCUCUUCGAGUUCGGUCGGCUGUGCCCCAUCCUAAGAUUAUGGGUAUCAUCCGCGAGUGUGGAGGGAAGAUGCACAUGAGUGAAGAGAACUGGGAGGAGGCACAGAGUGACUUCUUCGAGUCUUUUCGAAACUACGAUGAGGCGGGGUCGAUGCAACGUAUUCAGGUCCUCAAGUAUCUGGUAUUGACGACGAUGUUAAUGAAGUCGGAUAUCAAUCCGUUCGACUCCCAGGAGACAAAACCCUACAAGAAUGAUCCACGCAUUUCGGCCAUGACUGACCUGGUGGAUGCGUUCCAAAGAGAUGAUAUCCAUUCGUAUGAGGCGAUUUUGAGCAAAAACCCAGACGUCCUUGCAGACCCGUUCAUAGCGGAGAAUAUCGAUGAGGUCAGCCGCAACAUGCGUACCAAGGCGGUUCUCAAACUGAUUGCUCCCUACACACGCUUCACCAUGAACUUUAUAUCGAAGAGCAUCAAGAUAUCCGUGACUGAAGUCCAGGAUAUCUUAAGCUUUUUAAUCCUGGACAAAAAGCUAAACGCCAAGAUCGACCAGGAAAGCGGAGCAGUGGUGGUCGAAAGCACCAGCGACGUUGACCGCUUGCGAUCCCUCCAGGAAUGGAACUCGUCGCUUCGAACUCUUUGGCAAACCGCGCUGAAUGAUGGUGAGGGAUUCAAGGUGGAUGAAGCCUUGCUUCUUGGGGCCCAAAGCUCAGCCCUGUCCGGGUUUGCAGAUGACGCUCCUGCAGGUUUGCGUGGUGCCAGCACGCGCUCAAUACGGAAGGGAAAGGGCAAAUUAGCCAUGUAA